AAGGUCCGUUGAAUAUGUUUCACUACGACGUUAUGGUUUUGUGGUGAAUUAGAAACGCCAGCUUGAGCAGAAAGACUGCGUCACUUCUUUAACAGACUUUUGCGCUGUUUUGUGUAAAGACAAAUUAUGUUCCACAGCAGCUCACAGAGGAAAUUCUGGACGUUUGACAGCGAGGACAAAGUGGAGCAAAUGAGAUGCGACGCCAAUCAGAAAUUUCGCAACAAGAUGCUUGAAAGUGGUAAACCCGGCCUGAGUGAGUCCAUGUUCUUGGAUCGCCAUGAGGAGGACAUUUUGUUCAGGUACUAUGAGAUGAGGCUGCUGGAUUUCUGCAACACAUUCAAGCCUGCAAUGCCUAAAUCAGUUGUGGGUACAGCAUUCAUGUAUUUCAGAAGAUUCUACCUGAAUAAUUCUGUUAUGGAGCACCACCCAAGAAUUAUUAUGCUAACAUGUGCAUACCUGGCCUGUAAGGUGGAUGAGUUUAAUGUGUCCUGCAGCCAGUUUGUGGGCAACCUCAUGCAGGAGACCCCUGAAGGGCAGGAACGGGUUCUAGAGCAGAUCCUGGAAUAUGAACUACUGCUAAUCCAACAGCUGAACUUCCACCUAGUGGUCCACAACCCCUACAGACCCAUGGAGGGUCUGCUCAUCGACAUCAAGACAAGGUACCCUUCACUGGAAAACCCGGAGUCUCUAAGGAAGAGCGCUGAUGACUUUGUGGCACAGGCGGCCAUGACGGACUCCGGGUUGCUGUUCUCGCCUUCUCAGAUUGCUCUGACGGCCAUUCUGAACAGUGCUGCCCGAGCCAGUCUUGACAUCCAGAGUUUUCUGGCUGAAUGCUUGGGACUGAAAGAGGACAAAGAUACUCUCUCCAAGUUGUAUGACUCAAUGAGAUGCAUGAAAAACCUCCUGAAGAAGUAUGGACUUCCCAAACCAGAAGAAGUGAAUGUUUGCAAACUGAAGUUGGAAAGAAUCCACGCUGAAUGUGUCACAAGCUCAAACAACAAGCGAAAGAGGGGAUAUGUGGAUGAUGACUAUGUAGCCAAAGAGCCACGUCUGACAGAAGAGGCGUGUCACCACUCUCAAGAUUGGUCUGAUGAAGAUCUGAUAUGACAUCAAAGUGUUAACUUCCACUGAUGAACAGUUUGUCAGUAGUAUGUCAUUCUGUAUUUACUCGCACAUAUUGUGGUCAGUGUUCGGAUUUUUUUUCUGUGAAGGAAAUAAAUUUAUAUUUCUACAUUUUA